AUGGAGUCGAGAAACUUCUCAAAUUCUUCACGUUGUGAUGCAAAGGUUUUACUAAAGAAACCACCUGAAAGGGCCAAAAAUAAUCUUCGAGCAUACAGUUCAAGGUCCUCGAAGAACUUCUCAAUGGGAUCCUUGGUGGACGGGGAGGGGAUGGCUGGCUGGUGGGAGGGGAUGGAGGCUGAGGCUGAUGGUUUGUGGGCGGAGUUGUGCGUGGCAUACCGACACGGUGCGCUGAUCCCGGAACGUUUGGAGAUUGACGAUCAGCCUGCAUGUUUGUUGCCGGCCGCGCUCUGUAGCCGCCGCCGGAGAUUGGGGUGGGACUGGACGGAGGGAGGGAGUUGGGGGCUUGGGCUUAGUGUCUGGAAGGAGUUGAUAUUUAAUGUACUCCGUGACUGGAUCUAG